ACCAGCUCCCGAGUCCUUGUCCCUCCAUACUCUUUCCACCACCGUUCAGUUUUGUUCCUCCCUUUGCGCGUCUUGAAAAUGAGCGUCAUUCUUUGCACCGCGGGUUACGACCACACUAUUCGGUUCUGGGAGGCACUGUCCGGAAUCUGUUCGCGCACAAUUCAGCAUCCAGAUUCACAAGUGAACCGUCUCUGCAUCACGCCAGACAAGCGGUUCCUGGCCGCCGCUGGACACAACAAUGUCAAACUGUAUGACAUCAAGUCUACCAAUCCCAAUCCGGUCAUGACCUUCGAUGGCCACACGAAUAACAUCACGGGUGUCGCGUUUCAUUGCGAGGGAAAGUGGAUGGUCACCAGUUCCGAGGAUGGCACAGUCAAAGUGUGGGACACGCGCACCGGCAGUUUGCAGCGCAACUACGCCCACAAAGCCCCAGUGAACGACGUGGUCAUCCAUCCCAACCAAGGCGAACUCAUCAGUGGAGAUCGCGCCGGUAUCGUUCGUGUCUGGGAUCUGGGAGAGAGUGUCUGCACCCACCAGCUGAUCCCCGAAGACGACGUCGCCGUGCAUAGUGUGAGCGUUGCUAGCGACGGGUCCCUCCUUUGCGCAGGAAACAAGAAGGGCAACGUCUACAUCUGGCGCAUGAUUCAAGAUGCCGAGCUCACCCGCAUUGUCCCCAUUUGCACCUUCCAAGCACACAAAGACUACCUUACCCGCGUCCUCCUCUCCCCGGACGUCAAACACCUAGCAACAUGCUCAGCAGAUCACACCGCCAAAGUAUGGAAUCUUGACCUCGAUUACCCUCCCGCGAAGAUGGCCGCCGCCAAAGCCAAAGCCCAGGCGCUUGCGGCACCCGAAUCAUCAUCAUCUCCGACAUCGACACCCGACAGCCAAGACCCUUUGUCCCCCAACAGCAAUAAAUCAGAGAUUGAAAUCAACCCUCUCAGUCUUUUUGACGGUACACCGCCAAUUGUCAACAACGAGCCCCAGCAAACUUUCCCCGUCCAGCCAGACGGUCCUCCUAUGGACCCCGCCACGGGCACUCUCUUCCUCGAAACUACGCUUGCGAACCACCAACGUUGGGUCUGGGACUGUGCCUUCUCCGCCGACUCUGCGUACCUCGUCACCGUAUCUAGUGACCACUAUGCGCGUCUGUGGGAGCUGGCAUCGGGACAAAUCAUUCGACAAUAUAGUGGUCAUCAUCGCGGGGCGGUAUGCGUGGCAUUGAAUGAUUACUCCGAACCCCGGUAGAUCUGCUUUCCGAAUUCGAGGAAUGGGAGAAACCGCGUUACAACGACCGAUCUUCGCUAUCCGUCCGCUUCGUGCUGUCGUUCGCAUCUUUCCAGGGGGCUUUGUGGGUUAGCAUGGCGCUAGGUAUUGAUUUCACUGAUUUGACUCGACUUGGGCUUGAUUUGACUGUAUUGUGGAUGGGCGUCUGUUUUGCCUUCUAUCAUUUGGGAGUUUCCAGGAGCUAUGUGCGCUUAUCUCUAAUUUUGGGAUGUUGAGAGCAAGACCUUUCGAUUCAAAUACCACAUGCGAG